GGUACAAUUAUUUCAUUUGACAGAGUUUUGCAUGUUGGACAAAACAACUUGAGCGCCAUGCAUCUAAGUGAGAAAAACUCGCGUAAUAUCCCCUUAUCAGCACUGAAAUAACGCUGAUCAACAGUUAUUACCAAUGGCUGCAGCCCAAAUGUUUGGGGCAGAGAACCUUGGGCAGGGCCUGUUUGGGGUUCAGCUUGAGGUCACUGCGAAACUCCUUGAAGCUGAGAAGAAAAAGCUCACUCAGCUGCAGUUGUUUCAAUCAGAACUUGAGGAUGGCAAAAAUGCCAGCAUUGAUGGGACAAAAGAGUUGCAACAGCAGAAGUCAACUUAUGCCCGUUUGUCUGCUCAGCAUCAUCGCCUUACCAAGGAGUAUGAAGAAGCUGCCAGGGGUCUUCUUAGAAGGACCUCAAAACAUAGAAAGUCAACCAGAAGUUUGCCUUCUCUCGGCUUUAAGCAGACUGUUAAAGCAAGGCCAACAAUUUUUGGAACUGUUGUUGGUGACCUGCAAAGAACAGAAGAUGACAGGGAAGACAACAUAAAUCAAUCAGAUUUAUCAGCAUUCCAUGGCCCUCGACUCUCCUCUGUCUCCAGUAUGAAUGGGCGUGUGACAUUUGACAAUGGUCACUUGAUGUCUGGAAGCCUCGAUGCACUUAUUGAGAGACUUGUCCCUACUCCUACUUACUACCCAGAUCGCACCUUUAUCUUUGCAUUCCUAUUGUGUUGCCGCCUUUUCAUACCACCGCCAAAUCUCCUAUCCCGAGUUUCGCAGGCUUCAGCUAGUCGGAUGAAAGACUUGUCUAUUGAUAAUACUAAGAAACUUGCAUUCAAUCUUCUCCAACUUUUAAGCGAAUGGGCCGAAACGUUCACGAAUGACUUUCGAGACGAAGUUAUGAUGAUGCAUUUUAAGGACAUUACCACGUACUGCGGCACUCUAAGCGCUGAACAUCGGAAAGUUGUUGGAGAUACCACGCAGUCUCUUUUCAAAAAGCUUGCCUCUUUGGACAAAUAUGACGAAGUACUAAGUAGAGCAACAGCAGCAGUCGAAGACAGAAAGCUGACCACCUCCAGCCACUACAAGAGUGUACUGGAAGUAUGCUCCAGUCCAACGAUCAUGGCGCAGCAACUGAGUUUGAUUGAACUGGAACGCCUGGCGAAUAUCGGACCUGAGGAGUUUGUACAAACGUUCAUUCCCCGCGAUGAAGCCGACUUCAAGUCCACUCUCAGCUACAUCAAGAGGACCAGCAGCUUAGAGGCGUACGUGGAAUGGUUCAACAGGCUUGGUUACCUUGUCGCCACGGAAAUAUGUCUGGGUCAUAACAAGAAAGUCCGGGCAAAGGUGAUUGAUUACUUUAUCGAGGUGGCCACGGAUUGUUACGACAGGGGAAACUUCAAUUCUGCCAUGGCUAUCAUUGCUGGAAUCAAUAUGAGUCCUGUAGCACGCUUAAAGAAAACGUGGUCCAAGGUGAAAAAUCGAAAGUUUGAUCGUCUCGAACGUGAAAUGAAUCCUGCGUCCAAUUUCGCAGCGUACAGGGCGUCCUUUAAGGCUGCGCAUCUCAGAAAGAGCGACAAGAAUGAAUAUGUCAUACCAUUUUUUGGUCUCUUCAUCAAGGACGUGUAUUUCCUUAAUGAAGGCUAUUCCAAUAGACAUAGUAAUGGAUAUAUCAAUUUCGAGAAAUUCUGGCAGCUCUCCAAACUAAUAACGGAUUUCGUAUCAUGGAAAGAAGCGACGUGUAAAUAUGAACGUAACCGAGCAGUACUCAAUUACCUGAUGACGGUCCCUGUGUUCUCGGAAGAUAAUCUAGCGUAUGUGUCGUACGAUCGAGAAGUCCCAGAUACACCUUUCGAAAAAGAAAGACACAAAUCGCUCAAAACGACAGCGAAGCAAGCCGACAAACGGUGACAAAAGCUUGACAGCACUCCAGAACCUUAGUCUUCAGAGCAGUGUUACAAGACGUAGAAAAUCGUACAGGGAAAGCAGACAAAACAGAAGUCGAAAGAUUACAACGUUUUGGACUUUAACGUCAUCAGGGCGGCUGCUAAAACAAAAAAGGGUUUUAGAAGCCGACCUGAAUAAGGAUUGAAAUUAAAGUCCGAAACGUUGGAAUCUUUCGACUUCUGUAUUGUCUGUUGUCUGCUUUCCCUAUACUUUUAUACAUAUUCUCCAGACAUUGCAUUCAAUCGAAUCCAGAGACGUCGCUGUUGAAGGUUUCCACUUUUCCAUUCAAGACGUAAAAAAUCCAAAUGUUUCCCUGUUUAUUAACGGAUAGUUCAUCUGCACUACCCUGCUAGCGGGGUUCGUAGCAGCUUACCACUAACAAAACGAGGACACAAACAAACAAGAACGCAAAAGAACAUAAACGCGACCUGGAUAUUUGAGUGUACCUAGCAGGGGUGCAUCUGCGCAUGAUGCUACGGAGGGAUUCGUCUGUUUCGCGGCGUGUUUUUGAACUCCUUCUUUGCUGGUUUCCCGUGGUCUUUGAUACCAGCGAAAACUUAACCAGCCUGCAAAAAAGAAUAACUCGAUGGCUACUAAAUGUCUGUGUAUGAGGCCUUUUGGAGGCGACUGCACUUUUUUUUAUAAGAACGUAUUUUAGAACGCAUGCAUCAGAAAAAUAAGUCGAACUCUCUGCUAUCUAACCCAACAAUGCGUUGGGUUAGAUAGCAGAAAAUCCGACUUAUUUUUCUGAUGCGUUCUAAAAUGCAGACGUUCUAAUAAAAAGUAGAGUGUUCUCAGACUUCCCUGAUAUUUCACAACUGCCUGAUUUGGAGCAUUGCAUUCACAAACUGUCAUCAAAUAGACCGGUUUCAUAUGCCUCUUUUAAUAUUUAUUUGGAACAGCGAUACCUGACUACAGCACCAACAAGCGGCCGAACACCAAGAAUACUUUUAUAAAGCCUUAUACUUUCAUGUUAAUUUAUUUGAGUGUCAUAAAAAAAAAACCCGCAUGAUUGUAAAAAUUCAAUAAAGACACUCACUCGGCUGCUGUUUAGUAUUGAAAGGUUUUAUAUGUUGACUUUGUGCAGUCUCUUAUUUCUGUGAAUUUUUUUUUAAGAGUUCGGUAAGCCAAAACAGGGAGAUUCCUGGCCAAAGAUAAUACUGUUAUAGUUGUUCAAUGAUUAGAAAUGUCACUAUAUAAAUUUUCUCUCAUGGAAUCGAUUUUUUUAAAUAAACCCAAUGCACGAAA